CGCUGUGAGCCCAUCAAAAGUAAAACAAACGGAGUGCCAUGAAGCUGACCCUCACCAUUGGACUAAUCCUUGUGGCCGGAGCACUGGCCCAGCCGCAGGGAAGGAUCGCCGGAGGCGAGGACGCCGUUCCCGGCCAGCUGCCCUACCAGGCGGCCCUCUCCGUCGGCGGAAGUUACAACUGUGGAGCCGUGAUCAUCGGCCAGCGGUACGCCCUUACCGCCCUCACGUGCGUCUGCUCCGAAGGCAAGGACACCCCAUGGCCAGCUGUUCUGUUCGCCGUGACCGUGGGUUCCGUGGAUCUGUACACCGGUGGCAAGCAGAUUCGCGUGGAGGAGAUCACCAUCAACCCGAACUACAGCUCCCUGAAGACCGGAAUCGCGUUGCUCCGCCUGCAGGAGGACAUUCCGUUCGGCGAGAAUGUGGCUGCCAUUCCCCUGUCCCAGGACAUUCCGCCCCUGGGCGCCCAGGUGGAGGUAUCCGGCUGGGGUCGGACCACCGCAUCCGAGGUCAACAUGCACCGCACUCUGCAAAUCGGCGAGGCCGAGGUGAUGGCACCACGCGAAUGCGCCCUGGCCGAAAGAGAAGAGCUGGCGGUGGUGGAGGACGACCAGGUCCUGUGUUUGGGCCAUGGACGCCGCCAGGGAAUCUGCAGCGGGGACAUCGGAGGACCGGCCGUCUACCAGGGCCACCUGGUGGGUCUGGGAGCCCAGGUCCUCGGCGAGUGCGGUGGCCUGUUGCCCGAGCGAUUCGUCAGCAUCGCGGCCAACUACGAUUGGAUCCGGCAGCAGUUGCAAUAAACCAAUAUCGAUAACAGAAGCAUGAUAAAAA